UGCCCAUCAAUGCCACAUUUCAGUGCCCAUCAGUGCCACCCAUCAGUGCCAGUCAGUGCCACCUAUGAGGCCAGUCAGUGCCACCUAUCAGUGUGCAUCAGUGCCGCCUAACAGUGCCAGUCAGUGCCACCUAACAGUGCCAGUCAGUGCCACCUAAUAGUGCCACCUAACAGUGCCAGUCAGUCAAUGCCAUAUAUGAGUGCUGGUUUUCAGUGCCCAUCAGUGAUGCCUGUCAAUGCCCAUCAGUG